GCUUAUUACUUAAAUGAAAACUCUAUUGAACCCUUUGUGUUCUGUUUCAAAUCCAACGCUUUCUCAUUUCUCUGCUAUCAGAUUCUCAGGCCAGUCGCCAUAGCCAGAGCUUUGCUAUCCCUUCUCAGUUACUGGAACAAGCUAGGAACGAUUUGCAGCAGUCAUGGCCAAGCAUCACCCCGAUUUGAUCAUGUGCCGGAAGCAGACCGGUAUUGCGAUAGGACGACUGUGCGAGAAACAUGAUGGAAAAUGCGUAGUUUGCGACUCCCUCGUUCAUCCUUGCACGCUUGUUCGGGUCUGCGAUGAAUGCAACUAUGGCUCGUUUCAAAGUAAGUGUGUUAUCUGUGGAGGUGUAGGAAUAUCCGAUGCAUAUUACUGUAAAGAGUGUACACAACUAGAAAGAGACCGAGAUGGUUGUCCCAAAAUCGUUAACCUCGGGAGUGCUAAAACCGACUUGUACUACGAGCGUAAGAAAUAUGGUUUUAAGAAACGAUGAUUGCUGCAUAACUUGAUGGGAUUAGGUAGCUUGGAACUGCAUAUCGAGCCUUUGGGUUUCGACUUUGUUGUAUGUUAGAUGAUGUUAUCUCGAGUACUAUGGCCGGAUUAACAUAUAUAUGUAUAUAUAUCUGCUAUGCAAACAAUUUGUCUUAUUGUUUAUGGAGUUAGAUUCAAUGAGUUGCAUUCUUUUAUUUGAUAUGUGUUCAUAGUCUUGAAUCUAUAUGUCAAUGGGAGAUAAAAGUACAGUAGACAUCCCUAUGCUAGAAGUUAGAUUGCCUUUUGCUGUCUCUACUUCAAAAAUAGUAAAUUAAUCUUUUUAUGUUAAAUCAAAGAGUAAAACAAUCAUUUCUAUAGAAA